GCUGCUGCUGCCCCUGCUCCAUCCGGGUCCUGCCCGCUGCUGCUCCAUCCGGGUCCUGCCCGCCGCCAGUGCUUGAGAAUGCCAACUGAGAGCACGCCUCAGCAAGGCCGUACUCCGGAACAGGACCGUCCCGGCGGCCGGGAUGGCGGGAAUGCCGAAGAGACGGCGGCUGGGCGUGCCGACGGGGACUCGGCCCCUGGACCGUCGACGUCCGGGGCCGCCGAAACCCCGAGGAAAGGGCAGUCGCUGUUGCGGAUCGACAGGCGAGAAAUCCAGUCGGUGGAGCGGAGCGCGCAAGCCUCCGAGCUCCAAGAUUUGGGAGUCGACGUGUACGACGAGGACGUCUUGGAGCGGGGAGUGAUGCACCAGGUGGAUCACGCCAUCCACCAGGCUACCAAGGCGGCUCAGCUAGCGGACGCGGAAAAGGAGUACCGAUCCGUUUUGGAUGAUCUCAGAUCCUGUUCAACAUCUCUGAGGCAGAUCGAUACGAUUAUUGAACAGCUUACCCCCGAAGCUCCCAACAACAAAGACGUCAACAGAAAACUGGAUUCCGUGAAACGGCAGAAAUAUAACAAGGAAAAUCAAUUAAGGAAGAUCAAAGCCAAAGAAAAACGUCUUCUGGCAGUUCUUGGUGGAACAGAGAUUGAUAUUCGAGCAGUUGAGGAUUUGGAAGCCGAUGAAGAGCCUGGACCGUCCACCCUGGGCAGUAUGCUCAUGCCCGCCCAGGAGAGCGAAUGGGAAGAACUCAUUCGGACCGGUCAGAUGACCCCGUUUGGCACCCAAAUCCCCCAGAAACAAGAGAGGAAACCGCGCAAGCUAAUGCUUAACGAAGCAGCAGACUUUGAGAAAUAUUUGGCGGAUCAAGCCAAGCUGUCAUUUGAAAGGAGGAGGCCGGCCCUUCGGAAAAGAGCCAGAGAGAAAACGCAGCCCUCCGCGGGCAAUUCGGAGACGAUCUCCACGGCGGAAGGAGACUGGAAGAAGAAAAGGGCGACCCUAUCCAAAACGGAGAGGACUUUGAAAAAGCACCUUAAGAAGCUCCAGCGCCAGGCCGUCCGAUGUUGGGGCAAGGUGUGGCUGCCAAGGCAACAGAAAUCCCGGGAGCCGCCGAGGAAGUCCAAGAGCGACAGGAGCGAGGAGUCGGAUUACGGACCCGAAGACCAUGAGGAGGAAGAAGAGCAUCGCCUCUCCGAUGCCUCCCCGAGCCCCGACGACCAGCUGCUGCCUUGGUCCAAGAGCAGGAAACGGAAGGAGGUUCCAGCAGAUGAUUCGGACGAUCUCCUCUCGCCGGGUUCUGGAGAAGAAGGCGGCGGAGGAAGGAUCCCCAAAACAAAGCGAUGCCGAGAUGAUGGCGAUGAAGGUUAUUAUAAGCAGCGGUUAAGGAGGUGGAACAAACAGCGGCUGAAGGAGAAAGAGGAACAUCAGAUAGCUGAAGACGAUACUGAGGAAAGCGACGCAGAGUUCGACGAAGGUUUUAGAGUGCCAGGUUUUCUGUUCAAAAAGCUUUUUAAGUACCAGCAGACAGGUGUUAGGUGGCUGUGGGAAUUGCACUGCCAGCAGGCAGGAGGAAUUCUAGGAGACGAGAUGGGAUUGGGCAAGACCAUCCAGAUAAUUGCCUUCUUGGCAGGUCUGAGCUACAGCAAGAUCAGGACUCGUGGUUCAAAUUACAGGUUCAAGGGAUUGGGCCCAACUGUGAUUGUGUGUCCAACCACAGUAAUGCAUCAGUGGGUGAAAGAAUUUCACACUUGGUGGCCUCCGUUUAGAGUUGCGAUUCUACACGAUACUGGCUCAUACACAAACAAAAAGGUGAAACUAAUUCGUGAAAUUGCAGGAUGUCAAGGAAUUUUGAUCACUUCCUAUUCAUACAUUCGGUUGAUGCAGGAUAACAUCAACAACUACGACUGGCACUACGUGAUCUUGGAUGAGGGGCACAAAAUCCGAAAUCCGAACGCCGCGGUUACGCUGGCUUGCAAACAGUUUCGAACUCCACAUCGGAUUAUCUUGUCCGGUUCUCCUAUGCAAAAUAACCUCAGGGAGCUGUGGUCUCUAUUUGACUUUGUCUUCCCGGGAAAAUUGGGAACCCUGCCGGUCUUCAUGGAGCAAUUUUCUGUUCCGAUUACCAUGGGAGGGUAUUCUAAUGCAUCCCCUGUUCAGGUAAAAACAGCUUAUAAAUGUGCGUGUGUUUUGAGAGACACCAUAAACCCUUAUCUCCUGCGGAGAAUGAAGGCAGAUGUAAAAAUGAGCCUUUCGCUGCCGGAUAAAAACGAACAGGUACUGUUCUGUCGCCUGACAGCAGAGCAGCGUGAAGUCUAUCAAAAUUUUGUCGACUCCAAAGAAGUCUACAGGAUUCUGAGUGGAGAAAUGCAGAUUUUCCCGGGUCUCAUGGCCUUAAGAAAGAUGUGCAACCACCCCGAUCUCUUCUCCGGGGGGCCCAAGAUCCUCAAAAGCGUUCCAGAUGAUGAACUAGAGGAAGAAGAUCAAUUUGGAUACUGGAAGCGGUCUGGCAAAAUGAUAGUGGUCGAGUCUCUGCUGAAAAUAUGGCAUAAACAAGGCCACCGAGUGCUUCUCUUUUCUCAGUCACGACAGAUGCUGCAUAUACUCGAAGUGUUUCUCAGAGAACAAAAGUAUUCCUAUCUUAAGAUGGAUGGUACUACUACAAUAGCUUCCAGGCAGCCACUUAUAACAAGAUAUAAUGAGGACACUUCGAUUUUUGUGUUUCUUCUCACCACGCGUGUCGGUGGGAUCGGAGUCAACCUGACGGGAGCGAACAGGGUUAUCAUCUAUGAUCCUGACUGGAACCCCAGUACAGACACACAGGCUCGAGAGCGUGCUUGGAGAAUAGGUCAGAAGAAGCAAGUGACUGUUUAUCGACUCCUCACUGCAGGAACCAUUGAAGAAAAAAUGUACCACAGGCAAAUCUUCAAACAAUUUUUAACGAACAGAAUUCUAAAAGAUCCAAAACAAAGGCGUUUUUUCAAGUCCAAUGACCUUUAUGAGCUAUUCACCCUGAGCAAUCCUGAUGGUUCUCAAGGCACUGAAACUAGUGCUAUUUUUGCAGGUACAGGUUCAGAUGUUCCAGCACCCAAACGUCAUUUAAAAAGGAAACUUCAGGGGCCUCCUGCUGGAUCUUGCCAAGGUCGGCACCUGACGGAUCCCGAGUCUUCAAACAGCACCAGAGAACCAGUCUCCUCCCCAGCAAGACAGAGUAGGGCUCAUUCAUCCACUGAGGAGACAGAAGUAAACUCAGAAGCUUUCCUGUUAACAGUUGGAGCACCAACUAAUGCUAAUGGCCUUUCAGGAGAGAACAGCGAACAGACCGAUUUGGCAUCCCCCCUGGAAGAACAUGCGCCAAUUCUUGGACACGGAGAACAUUUAAGUCCCCCACGCCUUGGUGAAGCUCCCGGGGCGUCCAGUGGCGAAAGGACUGAAGAAGAACAAAAUCUUUCCCAGGAUGGGACAACUUCUCAGGUUAAACCGGAUGCAAAGUCGGAGAGCGAACAGGCUGAAAAUCAUUUUCAGAAGCACAAGUCGAAAAUGAAACAUCAUGUCGAGGAAGGAAAAGAGCCCCUUAAACCUGAGGGACGGACACCUAGCCCGAAGAAGCCCAAGUGUCCCAAAGAUGCCAAAUUUGAAGGCACCCGCGUUCCUCACUUAGUGAAACAGAAGCAAUACCGCAAAAGGGUCAGGGAAGAUGAGAAAGAGGAAGAUGCCAAAAAGAAUGAUGAUUAUGUCCUGGAGAAACUUUUCAAAAAAUCAGUAGGCGUCCAUAGUAUCAUGAAGCAUGAUACAAUUAUGGAGGCAUCCAACCCAGAUUUUGUGUUGGUGGAAGCAGAAGCCAAUCGAGUAGCCCAGGAUGCUUUGAGAGCCCUGAAGAUUUCACGGCAGCGAUGUUUAGGAGCAACCUCUGGUGUUCCCACCUGGACAGGAAAUAGUGGGCUUUCGGGCGCCCCGGCGGGAAUCAAGAGUAGAUUUGGUCAGAAAAGGAAUCCCACUUUGUCGGCUCCACAGAUUUCCUCCAAGUCUCCAAAAGGGAAAUGCAAGGAUGCCGAUAUCCUCCAAAGAGAUGGGCAGAGUGUACCUCAGGCACAUUUCAGUGGGACGACAGAGGACGGAGAAGGUCCGUCCGGUCCUCUGGCUUCAUCUUCCCUCUUAGCGAAGAUGAGAGCCCGAAACCAUCUAAUUUUGCCCCAGAGAGCAGAGGGCGAGAACAUGAGCGCGCCACAGGCCCCCGCCCCGUCGCCCGCCGCUACAGAACACGACGACUUGCUGGUGGACGUGAGGAACUUCAUCGCUUUCCAGGCCCGCGUGGACGGCCAGGCCAGCACUCAGGAGAUCCUACGGGAAUUUGAAUCCAAGCUGUCGACGUCCCAGUCCUGUGUCUUCCGAGAACUGCUGAGAAACCUGUGCACGUUCCACAGGGGCGGGAACGGCGAAGGGGUGUGGAGGCUAAAGCCGGAGUUCCGUUGAGCCGACCGCCGGUCACGGCGGGCAGUCUUGGCAUCUGCCUCCGAGAUUUGACCCCGCGGCUCGCCGAAACUCUGAUUUCCUUUUUUUCUGAAAGGAAGUCCGACUGUGAGAGCUUCCUAUGUUCUAGAACAUGAACACUGUACAGUUCGGGCGGGGGGGGGAAGAACCAGACUGUGAGACCGGGCUUCAUUUUUCACCGUGUCACAUCUACCUCAACUGCCACUGAAAAGAAAAAAAGCCAUGUCCCCCAGCUUGCAAACAGCUUGAAUAAGGCUAACGAAAUACAAAACAGGUGUUUUCAUUUUAUAUUGCAAUAAGAACCCUGGAAUCUCUGGCGAUUCCGAAGUUGUUCCGAGGCCUUUUGAUUUGUGCGUUUGGGAAGGGUGUCACAUUUACAGCUCAGCGUUUACAUCCAAACUCAUGGAGUGGAAUCUCAAGAAUCUUCCAAGUGUGAUUAUUUUUGUUUUUUUGAGGGGGGGAGGGAGGUGUUGAAAGUUGUGCACACUUAAUGUAUUUAUAAUUGACAGCUCUCAUUUGCUUGAUAUGCAAUUUUAAAAUGCUUUUUAUAGCCUAUCAGGAAAAAUUUGCCAAUGACUUGUCUUAAUGAAAGUGAUUGUACUGUAAGCAUUAUAGAUCCUAUUACUGUCUUACCAGAUUUUCUUUGUGGAUUAUGCACUGUUUUCCAGGGUUAAAGGAUAGGUUACAUUGGUAAUGAAGUAGAAUCUUUGUACAGCCCUUUCAUUUAAGUAUUAGAGGCCACGUUGUUAGCUGCUUUGUAGAAGGAAGUUUCUCAAAGGAUUUUUGGACAGGGUGUUCUUGAAUCGUGAACAUAUGCUAACUCCUCACCAGGGUUUGGGCAAAAAAAGAUGUAUUUCCAGGUCUUCACCUACCAGUGGUGGGUCGUGAAGCUAAAACGCAAGUACUGUGAAAGUUGAUGUGACGCUUAGGGGUAUUUUUUUUACUAUUUAUAUAU